AAACAGCCCCUCCAAACAAAAAUUGUAGUAUAACUCUCUUUGAAGAACCAAAACUUCCGAUUAAAACCUGAAAUUGAAUAAACAACCAAAAACUCACCAUUCAAACCCUGAUUUCAAUCGAAGGAGCACCAUCUUAUUGACUUGGAAAGUAACUAAAGAUGGCUGGUGGUAAGUCUACUAGAGUAAAGGCCCCAGGGAAACAGCAGCGUGCAGCUAAGGUGGCUGCACCGAGACACAGUCCUGCCAAUGUUGUACCUCGAGUGUCUGAAAUAACGGAGCACCCUAUAAACGUAACUUGCCGAUCGAGACCCAACAGUAUUAAGGACUACACAAGCCAAUUGGAUGGUACAUAUCUUAAAAUGUUCGAACACAGUUGCUUUGGGCAUCUUAUACACUUACCAAGUGUUUCGUUUUGUUCGACUCUCGUCCAUAAUGUAAUGUUGAGGAGAAAAGAUCCUUCAAAAGAUGACGAUGAGGAGGAGGCUAUGUCCUUUAUUAUUGGCAAUCAAGAGAUAUGUUUUGGAGAAAGAGAGUUCGCAAUGAUGUCGGGGUUAAACUUUCAGGGGACUGAAAAAAUAGACAUGAACUUUAAAAAGAUACCUCUCAUGGAAGCCCAUUUUCCAGGUAAGAAAAAUGUUAAGUUGGCAGACGUGAUAGAGAAAUUCAAACAACUGCCAAACAGUGAGGACAAACUAAAGCUAGGCUUGCUUUGCAUCGCUGAAAAUGUAAUUAUGGGCUGUGGGUUAGAUGUCAACGUAAAUAAACGUCAUUUCCUCCUAGUUAACAACCUCAAGGAGUUCAACAACUACCCUUGGGGGAAGCUGUCGUACAGAGCGACAAGACGUUCUCUCAUCAAUGCGUCAAAUAAAACAGAUAUUUCCAAAGCGGAAAAAACACUUGGCGCAUUGGUUUAUAAUUUGUACGGAUUCCCACAUGUUUUUCAGGCUUGGAUUUUCCAAAGUAUACCCAGUUUAACAGAGAAGUAUGCCGUCAAAAACAAAGAUUGCCCUCAGGCCCUUCACCCUCGUAUCUUGCGCUUCAAAGUGACUAGAACUCGUAGACCAUUGCAUAAACAAAUCCUGAAAGAAUUGAGCUGUGUAGACAUAAAGGUUUUGUCACCUUUACACCCUACAAAAGAAGAACUAAAAGAAGGCUACAUGGCUGGAUUUUUAAGUGAUGAGGAGGUUUCAGGAGCCACUGGACAUGAAAAUGAUCCAAGCAUCCAAGAGCUUAAUGGCGAGGACAAAGCUACCGAAGAAUGGGAAGCGAAUUUUUAUUCUAACCCCACGAAUUCUUUGGAGGAUGCCCCUGCUGCCAAGGACAAAGGACUAUCAAGUGAUAGGGAGGUUUCAGUAGCCAAAAGGUAUCAAAAUGAUUCAUGCAUCCAAGAGUUUAAUGGCGAAGAUGAAGCUACUCAAGAAUGUGAAGCAAAUUAUCGGUCCAACUCUUCUAAUUCCUUGAAGGUUGGGAAGCAAAAUGGCACCACAACCAAAGAAGUUAUAACUUUAGCAGGUGGUGAGGAUCAAGAUGUUGAGUGUCUUGAAGAUUUGAAGUUCAAACUCAGAAGCGAGAUUGAUAAACUUAACAAAGAAAGAGAGGAAUUGGGGACUGAUCGUUAUAAGCUUUUGGAAGAGAACGCUAUACUUAAUUUCAAGAAGUUAAAACUUGGAAGAGAUACCGAGUUACUCAACGAGGAGAAGAUGAAACUGCAAAGUGAUGUUGAACUGCUCAACAAAGAAAAAUCUACUGUACAAGUUGAGAUUUGUUUGCUCAAUGAAAAGAAGAUUAUUCUGGAAAGUGAAAUUGAAUUGCUUAGUAAUGAGAAGACUAACUUGUGCAAUGAGACUGAGUUGCUCAACAAGGAGAAGACAAAACUGCCAAGUGAUCUUGAAUUUCUCCACAGAGGAAAGUCUGCACUACAAGGUGAUAUUUGUUCGCCCAAUGGAAAGAAGACUACACUACAAGAUGAUAUUUGUUCGCUCGAUGAAAAGAAAACUGCGGUACAAGAUGAUAUUUGUUCGCUCAAUGAAAAGAAAGCUACGGUACAAGAUGAUAUUUGUUCACUCAAUGAAAAGAAGUUUAUUGUGCAAGGUGAUGUUUGUUGGCUCAAUGAAAAGAAGAUUACAAUACAGGAUGAUAUUUGUUUGAUUAUUGAGAAGAAGACUAUAAUACAAGGUGAUAUUCGUUCGCUCAGUGAAAAGAAGACUAAUCUGGAAAGUGAAAUCGAAUCACUUAGCAAUCAGAAGACUAACUUGGGAAAUGAUAAUGAGUUUCUUGACAAGGAGAAGACGAGAUUGCAAACUGAAAUUGAGAUUCUUAAUAAGGAGAGGACAGAAGUGCGAAGUGAUUUCGAAUUUCUCAUCCAAGAGAAAACUAAACUGGGAACGAAUGUUAAGUUCCUCCUAGAUGAGAAGAAUAAACUGCAAGCUGACAUUGAAUUUCACAAUGGAGAGAAGACUGAAUUUAUACGUUCCGUGAUGGCUGAUCUUAGUAAGUCCUUUUAUGAACGUGAGAAAACAUUGGCUGAGAAUGAAAAAAUGUUCAUAGAGCUUAAAGAGAUAAACCAAACAUUGGUUGCUGAGGAAAAGUUUUACACUGAAGAGCUUCAGGAAGCUCGCCAAGUACUUAUCAAGCAAAUGGAGUCAGAAAAGGCAACCACAAAUACGGUGAUUGGAGUAAAAAAGAGAAAGAGAAGAGAUCCAGAGCUGUGGAAUUUCAGAGAGAACAAGAGAGCCACGCUGAAAGAAGUCAUUUGUUUUCAAUUGAACCGUACAGAUAAGUAAAAGAGACCAACUUCUACAUGAGCCUUGUGUAAGAACUUGGUAAUGUCUAGUUUUGGGGGUACACUAGUGGGAGGAUGCUAACAUAAUAUCUAGUUGUAAACGUGUGUGAAAGAAUUAGGUGACGGGAAAAUGGUAGAUAUGAAAUGAUAUAAUAUUAGAUAUUACGGGUCUGCUCAUGAUGUGAAGCUGAAUGUUCAACUUGUAAAUGUUUAGAAUUUGAAAUGUAAAACU